AUGGCUUCCACAAUCUACCUCGAUCCCCAAUAUCACAACAUGUACUACCAUUAUCAACCCAGUGGGACGUUAUCCCACAUCACCCCAGGCGCCUAUCGCCAUAACGAUACUACUGCAGCCGCCACUGCUGCAACCUCCGACGCUCAGUUCUACCAUCGUUACUUCAAUGCCUACAGCCCUUCCCCACCGCCUCCUCCACCUCCGCUGCCGCCACCACCACCGCCUCUACAAACACAGGCAAUCUUUGAACACGUCUGCCAGUGGACGGAGGAUGAAGGGUGCGUGCGAAAGAUAUGCGGUCUGAGAUUUCACACCAUUGGAGAGAUGGUGAACCACUUGACGAUGGACCACGUGGGCGGACCGGAAAGGGUGGACCACACCUGCUAUUGGCACAACUGCUCACGCCAGGGUCGAGCCUUCAAAGCCAAGUAUAAAUUGAUUAAUCAUAUUCGGGUGCAUACAGGCGAGAAACCCUUCAACUGCCCCUUCCCUGGAUGCUACAAGGUGUUCGCAAGAGCGGAGAACUUGAAAAUUCACAAAAGGACUCACACCGGUAAGUGA